AUGACCUCCUCCUUGGCCUCAUCAGUAACCUCGCUGCAGUCUUCUCUACAGCUUCUCGACAACUCCAUCAGUACCCUGGACUCGGGCGUCAACGAUUUCCCCCGCCUUUGCAAAGUCCUCCAAACAACGCGACAUUUUGAACUUCUCCCCGAGCCAACUCUUCGCGAAGCCCAACAAUCUCUCCUCGAUGAAAUCACACCCAGCAUUACACACCUCCUCUCCCUUUCAUCCAACCACGUGGAAAGACUCGCGCGCCGUGAACAGAGCCUAAAAGCAAAGUGUGAUCUCCAAGAAGGUCGACUCUCAUCCAAAUCAGAGAGCAGGUCCUCGGCAGCUCGCGCUCAAGGCCAGAGCAACGCCGUGCUGCGGGGUAGACUGGCCGGUUCGAAUGGCGCUUCGUCUGGCAGCGCCGCCGCAAAGGCACUCGAGUUACGGCGCCUGGUGCAGAAGAAGGAGCGUCUCAAGUAUGCUGUGGACCGUUUGGAGCUGCAGAGCACCCAGCGGGAGCGUCAAUUGAGGAAAAGCAUGGCUGCACAGUGA